CCACCCUCCCUGCUCCUUUUCCUCCUUCCUCUCUUCCUGCCCAUUCCAGACAGCUCAGGUCCCCCACUUCUCUUUGGAUCCAUAUUCUAGAAUUAGGGCUCUCAGGAUGGGAGGAUUCCCGCGGGAGCCGACCCUCCUCAGAUGAACCCAGCCUCCGAGCCUGAGCCCCGGGGGGAAAGGGCAUGCGAUGCUCUGCCUUUGAGGACUCUGCUCUUCCCUGAGAGAGAAGCAUUCGGAGGAGAAUGGUUCCUGUCAAUCCAUCAGCCAGAAGUAUCUAGAGUGAUAAAAUUUCUCCCAAGAACUGCUUUGGCUGCAUCACAUACAUUUUGGAAACACUGACUCUGGAGGAUGUGACUGUGGACUUCACCAGGCAGGAGUGGGGGUACCUGUGCCCUGCCGAGAGGGACCCAUACAAGGAAGUGACAAUGAAUACCUAUAGGACCCUGGUCUCCCUGGAGAUUGACCCGUCCAGCUCAGAUCAUACCUUCCAGGUGGAAACAAGAGAAACGCCCAGAAUGCUGAGGAACAGAGAUUCCAGGGAUAAAAAAUCAGGUCCAGAGCUUGAGCUUCUUCAACUGUCCUCCUUCGGGGGGACCAUCACUUUGGAAACAAGAGAGUCACCAUACAUGUGGGAGAACAGAGAUUCCAGUGACAGUGACUCUGGUCCUGAGUUUCAAGUGUCCACACCGGAGCUGAUGUUCCAGUGGGAAAAUACAAAAUCAACAUGGAUGUGGAAGACAACCUAUUCCAGUGAUACUGAAUCUGGUCCAGAACUUCAGGUGUCUACAGAAGAUGUAAACUUACCAUUGGAAAGAGAAGACUCACCAUGGAUGUGGAAGAACGAAGAUUCCAGCGAUGAUUCCAGAGAUAGUCAGUCAGCUCCAGAGCUUGAAGUGUCCACAGCAGAUGAGACCUUCCAGUUGGAAAGAGGAGACUCACCAUGGAUAUCGGAAAGCAGAGAUUCCAGUGAUAAUCAGUCAGCUCCAAAUUUUCAAGUGUCUACACCGGAAGUGACCUUUGAGUUUGAAAGAGUAGACUCACCUUGGAUGUUGGAGAAGAAAGAUUCCAAUGAUCAUCACUCAUUUCCAGAGUUUCAAGAUUACGAACCAGAAGUGACCUUUGAGUUUGAUAGAGGAGACUCCCCAUGGAUGUUUGAGAGACUAGAUUCCAGUGACAGUGACUCAUCUCUAGAGAUUCUAGAGUCCACACCAGGUGUGACUUACCCAUUGAAUAAAAGUGGAGAAUCGACAUGGAUGGCGGAUAAACAAGAUUCCAGUGAUGAUAGCGAAUCAAGUUCAGAAACAGAGAUUCUAGCGGCCACACCAAAUAUGGCUUUCUCGCUGAAAACUGGAGGAGCACAAUGGAUACCGGAUAAACAAGAUUCCAGUGAUACCGAAUCAAGUUCAGAGAGUCUAGAGUCCACACCAGAUAUGACUUUCUCAUUGAAAACUGGAGGAGCACAAUGGAUACCGGAUAAACAAGAUUCCAGUGAUGAUAGCGAAUCAAGUUCAGAGAUGGAAGCAUCCAAACUAAAUGUGACCGUCACUUUGGAAAGAGAAGAAUCGCCAUGGAUGUCAGAGAGCAAGGAGUCCAGCGACAGUGAUUCGGGUCCAGAGUUUCAAGUUUCCACACCAGAGAUGAUGUUCCAGUGGGAAAAUGCAAAAUCAACAUGGGUAUGGAAGACAAACUAUUCCAGUGAUACUGAAUCAGGUCCAGAUCUUCAAGUGGCCACAGCAGAUAUGCCCUUGCAGUUGGAAAGAGACCCACCAUGGAUAUGGGAGAGAAACACUUCUGAAAGGAUGUCAUCUCCAGAGAUUCAAGUUCCCACACCAGAUGUGACCUUCCCAUUGGAAAGUGGAGAAUCACCAUGGAUGUCGGAUAGAAAUGAUUCCAGUGAUAGUGACUUAGGUCCAGCACUUCCAACAAACAGAAGAGAUGUGACCUUCCUGUCAGACAAAAGAGACACAUCAUGGCUCUUGGAGGCCAAAGAGUGGAGUGAUAGUGAUUCUUCCGAUCCAGGACUUCCAACAAACAGACGAGAUGUGUCCUUCGAGUUGGACAGAGACUCAUCAUGGCUCUUGGAGACCAAAGAGUGGAGUGAUAGUGAUUCUUCCGAUCCAGGACUUCCAACAAACAGACGAGAUAUGACCUUCGAAAUGGAAAAAAGAGACUCAUCAUCGCCUUUGGAGAGCAAAGACAGCAGUGAUAGUGAUUCAGGUCCAGAGCCUCAAGUCUACAGCCCAGAUCUGACCUUCUUGUUUGAAAGCGGAUACUCACAAUGGAUGCUGGAGAGAAAAGACAUGAGUGAUGACCAGUCAGCUCCAGAGCCUCAAAUGUCCACACCAGAAGGGACCAUCCAGUUGGACAGCUCAGAUUCUCCCUGGAUGUCGGAUAGAAAUGACUCCAGUGAUAGUGAUUCAGGACUUGACAUUUCCAAACCAAAUGUGACCUUCCCAUUGGAAAGAAAAGAAUUACCUUGGAUGUUGGAGAACAAAGAUUCCAGUGAUAGUGACUCAGUUCCAGGACUGGGAGCCUCCAAACCAGAUCGGACCUUCCCUUUGAAAAAAAGAGACGCCCCAUGGAUGUUUGGGAAUAAAGAUUUCAGUGACAGCGACUCAUCCCCAGACACGGGGCUUGAAGCUUCCAAACCAGAUCAGACCUUCCCUUUGGAAGAAAGACAAUCACCAUUUUUGUGGGAAAACAAAAAUUCCAGUGACAGUGAACCAGGUCCUGACGUUCAAAUGUCUACAACAGAUGAGCCCAUAGAGCUUGAAAGACAAGACUCACCAUGGAUGUUGGACAGAAAUGAUUCCAGUGAUAAUCUGUCAGCUCCAGAGCUUCAGAUGUCUACCACAGAUGAGCCUGUAGAGCUCGAAAGACAAGACUCACCAUGGAUGUUGGACAGAAAUGAUUCCAUUGAUAACCUGUCAGCUCCAGAGCUUCAGAUGUCUACCACAGAUGAGCCUGUAGAGCUCGAAAGACAAGACUCAUCAUGGAUGUUGGACAGAAAUGAUUCCAGUGAUAACCUGUCAGCUCCAGAGCUUCAGAUGUCUACCACAGAUGAACCUGUAGAGCUCGAAAGACAAGACUCAUCAUGGAUGUUGGACAGAAAUGAUUCCAGUGAUAACCUGUCAGCUCCAGAGCUUCAGAUGUCUACCACAGAUGAGCCUGUAGAGCUCGAAAGACAAGACUCACCAUGGAUGUUGGACAGAAGGGAUUCCAGUGAUAACCUGUCAGCUCCAGAGCUUCAGAUGUCUACCACAGAUGAGCCUGUAGAGCUCGAAAGACAAGACUCAUCAUGGAUGUUGGACAGAAAGGAUUCCAGUGAUAACCUGUCAGCUCCAGAGCUUCAGAUGUCUACCACAGAUGAGCCUGUAGAGCUCGAAAGACAAGACUCACCAUGGAUGUUGGACAGAAGGGAUUCCAGUGAUAACCUAUCAGCUCCAGAGCUUCAGAUGUCUACAACAGAUGAGCCUGUAGAGCUGGAAAGACAAGACUCACCAUGGAUGUUGGACAGAAAGGAUUCCAAUGAUAACCUGUCAGCUCCAGAGCUUCAGAUGUCUACAACAGAUGAGCCUGUAGAGCUCGAAAGACAAGACUCACCAUGGAUGUUGGACAGAAAUGAUUCCAGUGAUAACCUGUCAGCUCCAGAGCUUCAGGUAUCUGCCCCAGAUGGGAACUUGCCCAUGGAAAGAAACGACUCACCAUGCAUGUGGGAGAACAAAGAAUCCAGUGAGAAUGACAUGGUUCCUGAGCUUCCAGUGUCCACACAAGAUGCGUCCUUCCAGGUGGGAAGACAAGCAUCCCCCUGGCUGUCAGAGAGCAAGGAUUCCAGCGACAGUGAAUCGGGUCCUGAAUUUCAAGUGUCCACACCAGACUUAAACUUCCAAUGGGAAAAAGCAAAACCUACAUGGACAUGGAAGACAAACUAUUCCAGUGAUACUGAAUCCGGUCCAGAGCUUCAGGUGGCCACAGCAGAUAUGCCCUUGCAGUUGGAAAACAGAGUUUUGCAGUGGGUGAUGGACAGAAAGAGCUCCAAUUACCCGGAAUCAACUUUAGGACUUGACGUAUCUAAACCAGACAUGACCUUUGACUUGGAAAGAGAAUCACCCUGGAUGUCAGGGAGAAAAGAUCCCAGUGACAACGACUCAGAUGCAGAGAUUCAGGUGUGCACACCCGAUGAGACCUUCCAAGAGGAAAGAGAUGAUACCGAAUGGAUGGAGAAUGAUACUAAUUACAAUCAGCCAGGUCCAGAAUUUCAAGUGUCCACACCAGAUUUGACCUUCCAGGUGGAUGGUGAAGAAACACCGUGGAUGUCCGACAGAAAUGAUUCCAACGCUCAUCACUCCUCUCCAAACCUUCCAGUGACUGCAGAAGAUGUGCCCUUCCAGGUGGAGAGAGCAGAGUCACCAUGGAUGAUGCAGAGAAAUGAUUCCGGUGAUCAGGAGCCGGACCCUGGAUUCCUUAGCCAGAUGGCCAGGUAUGAAACAGCAGAGUCAACUAUAAAUCCAUCUGUUUCUCCAGAAGACUCAUGUAAGGAAAGAGCUAAGACAGAUGGUUCCUGGGAAUACAAUUUGGGAGAAAACUGGGAAGGUGAUGUCAGAGAAGGACAAAAUAAUUGCAAUCAGGACAGACAGGGCAGUCAGGAGACAACUGUCCAUAGAGAAAUUUCUAUUGAAUCUGUGUUUGAAAGUCUAGGGCCUGUCCUUGUUCCACAAGAGGGAGUUGACACUAGAGAAAGUCUUCAGGAGGGUAGUAAGGACUUAGAACAGUGUUCAGACUUAGGUGAACAUGAUAGUGUCUUAUGUGAACAUAAUCUUUGUAAAUGUUCUAUGUGCACCAAGUCAUUCAGUUUCCCUUCAGACCCUACUCACUCUAACAAAGAGCAGAGUGAAGAAAAAGUAUUUCAAUGUGAUGAGUGUGGGAAAUUCUUCUCCAAUAGGACCUCCCAUAAAAGUCAUCAGAGAAUUCAUACAGGAGAGAAGCCCUUUGAAUGUAACCAAUGUGGGAAAGCCUUUAGGUGGAAGAGCUAUCUUACUGUCCAUAUGAGAAUUCACACUGGAGAGCAACCCUUUGAAUGUGAUCAGUGUGGGAAGACCUUCAGGCAAAGUUCUAACCUAGCUGUACACCAGGGAACUCAUACUGGAGAGAAACCCUUCGAAUGUCACGAGUGUGGAGAAUUCUUUAGUGAUAAUGAGCAGCUUAUUGAACACCAGAAAAUUCAUGCUGGAGAGAAACCCUUAGAAUCUAAAGAGUGUGAGCAGACCUUCAGUCAAAUUUCUGAACUGACCAAACAUGAGGAAAGUCAUGCUGGAGAGAAACCCUCUGAAAGUCAGAAAAGUGAAAAAGACCCGAGUCAGAAAGUGCAGCGUAAAACAAAAAGAAGCACUCGUCGUAAGAGAUCCUAUGAAUGUAGCCAGUGUGGAAGAGCAUUUAGCCGAAGUGCUAACCUUACUGCACAUAUGAAAGUUCAUAAUGGAGCAAAAACCUAUGAAUGCCAUGAAUGUCGACGAUCCUUCCUCAGUACCGUGCAACUUGCUGAACAUAAGAAAACUCAUACUGGACUGAAACCUUUUGAAUGUAAAAUGUGUGGGAAAACUUUCAGUAGAAGUUCUCACCUUACUGUCCAUCAAAGAAUUCAUACUGGGGAGAAACCCUUUAAAUGUAAUCAUUGUGAGAAAUCUUUCAGCCAGAAAGGGCAACUGAGUACACAUAAUAAAAUUCACACUGGAGAAAAACCAUUUGAAUGUGAUAAGUGUGGGAAAACUUUUAGCCGAAGUUCUAACCUUAGUGUCCAUCAGAGAACCCACUCGGGAGAGAAACCCUUUGAAUGUGUUCAGUGUCACAAGUUCUUUAGCCAGAGCAGGUCCCUUACUGAGCACCAGAAAGUUCACACUGGAGAGAAACCCUUUGAAUGUGAUGAAUGCGGGAAAACCUUUUGUCGCAACGGACAGCUUACUCUGCAUAAGAAAGUCCAUUCUGGAGAAAAACCCUUUGUGUGUCUUGAAUGUGGAAAAUCCUUCACCCACAGCUGGAUUCUUAAUGGACAUAAGAAUACACAUGCUAGAGAUAAACCCUAUAAAUGUCUUGAAUGUGGGAAGACCUUUAGCUGGAAUGGAUCCCUUACUAAACAUAAGAAAGUGCACCUCACAGAUAAACUCUUCGAAUGCAAAGACUGCGGAAAAUCCUUCAGCCGCAGUUCUCAGCUUGACACACAUAGGGUAACUCACACUGGAGAUAAACCCUUUGAAUGCGAAGACUGCGGGAAAGCCUUUAGCUGCUGUUUUUACCUGACUCUACAUCAGAAAAUUCAUAGUGGAAACAGGCCCUUUGUAUGUAAUGAGUGUGGGAAAUCCUUCAGCUGUAACCAGUCCCUUUCUCUACAUAACAGAGUUCACACUGGAGAGAAGCCUUUCAAGUGCAAUGAAUGUGGAGAGGCUUUUACCUGGAAAGGACAGUUCACUGAACAUGAGAGGAUGCAUCUUGAAGCGAUGAAACCUUUCGAAUGCAAUCUGUGCGGAAAAGCCUUCAGGCAGAGAUCCCACCUUGCUGCACAUCAGUUAAUUCACACUGGAGAGAGAGCAUAUGAAUGUCGAAAAUGUGGGAAAACUUUCAGGAGGAGUUCUCAACUUACUCAACACCAGAAAACCCACAUUGCAUAGAAUUGCAUUGUGAACAAUACACCUAUAGACAAAUUUUUACCGAACAUAGACAGCUUUCUGAACAUAAGAAGAGAUUGAAGAAAAGACAUCUUUAAAUGUAUAUAUAAAAUGGAAAACACCCCCAAUUUAAUUCUUCAUGAGGUACUCAGAAUACUGAAUCCUUUUAAAUAGACUUAAUGUGACAUAUUCUUAUCUCAAAGUGAAAAUCAGUGAGCCUAAGAGAGCUCACACCGAAGAGAACAAUUUCAGAUGUUAUAAAAGUGACAUUUCCUUUCCCGGAGUAGACAUCUUACUGUACAUAAAGACAAUUAAUUGAUACUUGGGCAAAGAAAUUCUUUGAAGGCAAUGAGUGAGAGAAAGUCUUAAGUUAUAGUUCUUGUGAGAAAUUCUUUCGAAUAAUGCAUUAUUAUACAAUCCUUUUUCUGCCUUAAACAACUUACUCUAAGACAAUUAAUUCAUGCUGGAUCAAAGAAACUUUAAUUUUCACAGAUGUGUAAAUCCUUUACCCAGUCAUAGCACUUUGAACUUUGAAGGUAUUCAGUUGCUAUCUAGUCACCCCAGAGGUGCUAGUACCCCCUGAAUACUCUCUACCCCUGGAAAACAUUAUCCACAAUCUGUAUAGUACCCCAAUUUCACGACACCAUGCUUGCCCAGAUUCCGGGCAGCAGAUGACGCUCUCACACUCUCCCAGUCACCAGUGGAGUGAAACAAGGCUGGGUGCUCGCCACCGUGCUUCUCAGCAUGGGGUUUUCAGCCAUGUUGUCAAAUGCCUUCGAGGAGGACAAACAUGGAAUCAAAGUCAGCUUCCACACUGACGGCAAAUUCUUCAGCUUGAAAAGGCUACGAGCCAAAACAAAAGUACAGAUCAAUGCUUUGCUGCUUGGGCUAACGCCGGCCUGACAAUGGACCCCAAGAACACCGGGCCUCCCCCGCCGACCGGCAUUGGAACCAGCAGUGACGGCUGGCGGGGAGCCGUGGAUGCUGGGUGACCCCUUUCCCUCGGCCCUCUGCUCUCCAGGAACGUCCACAUUGAUAGGAGGUCAGCACACGUGAUACCGGAGUGUUUGGGAGGCUCCGAAGGAGAGUGAAGGGUGACUGACCCUCACACUGAAAGCCUCCGGGGCCCGUGGGUUGACCUCCUCUUGUACACCUGGGAACCCUGGGCAGUUACCACCCCUGCCAGGAAGCAGCAUCCUGCCAUGUGGAUGUCUUAGGAAGACCCUGACAGUCUGGCAGGAUCAGACACCGGACCCUGAGGGCCUGUCUGGGACGGAACUUCCCAGCAUUCCCAGUCUCCUGCAGAGAGCACAAGUCCACUGGGCCGACCAUUGUUCGAAUGCCAAAUGUACACUUACCAAAAAGACUCUUUUAUGGAGAACUCACGCAGGACGAACACUCCCCAGGUGGUCAGAAAGAGUGAUCCGAGGACCCGCUCAAGGUCUCUCUGAAGACCCCGAGAGCGGAUCGACCUGGGAGUCACUGCGCAGGACUGACCAGCACAGCGAGCCCUCCUCGGAGAAGGGGCUGGGCUCCACAAACAAAGAGGGAUUGAGUUAGAUCGGGAGGGACCGGAGAUGUGCCAGGUCAGAGAACCACCUUCAGUGUUCGUAGGGACUGUCCGCGUUUGGCCCGUGGCAGAGCGUCCCGAGCUUCUGUCGGCCCAACCAGACACCCGUAACCCAACUCCAACGAAGUCUUAUCAUUUUAGUCUUUCUUGAGAGCAAAGGACAACCAUUAACUUCAGUCCAGCCCUCAGAGUAGAGAGAACUUCCACUGUGACUUAGUCGCCAUGGUAAUUAUCUGUUCUCGGACUUGAAGACUUCCACGGAGGAAGAAUCUGCCAUCUCUUUAUGUGUUUCGUUCUACUUUUAGGUAGUCUAAUUGUGAAAAAGUGCCCCCCCCCCUUAAGCUUAAAUUUGCCUUUGUGCUGUUUGCUUCCCUCGCCGCGCCCCUCGCCCUUCCCUUUGCCCUGCAGUCCGACAGAACGGAUUCUGUCCCCUUUCCCCGGAGCGGCCCAACUGGGCUGUGAGACCGUUCGCGGCCCCUUCCCUUCUGUUCCCCAGACCGCCGUGCUCAGAUGUGCUCAGUACCUUCGCCUGACGAGGACCCAGGACCCUCCUGCUCCCCUUCCCUUUCUUUGGAUUCUCUGGUUGGUCAAUGUGUCUUUAAACCGUGAUGCUAAGGACUGAGUACAAUAUACCAAAAGAGGUCUUAACGAUGUCAGAGUCCAGUGGGAUGACCUUUCUCACUGUGUAGGUUAUGUUCAUCGUACUACAGCUCAAGAUUGUAUUAGCUUUUGUUUUCAGCUGCUAUAUCAUACUGUUCCCUCUCACAGAAUGUGUGGGUUCACUCAGAACCCCAGCUUUUUUUCAGAACAACUUGCCCCACUCUCAUCGAGUGGGGCUGGCUAUGAGCUUUCUGCCUGGGUGUGUGGAAACCAGUUUUUGAGAAGUUCAGAGGAAAAAGGAACUGGAAGCCCCUGUAGCCCACUGUUCUGACUCCCCCAGCCUCUGGCUUUUUUGUGAAACCGCUUAGCCUCUCUGUGGCUGCCCCCCCCCCCACAAGCCUUCUUGGCCUUCUGAGUAGAUUUUCUGUCGUUUCGCAAAGCCGCUUAGGAGAGUUUCCUGAGGUUCCGCCUUCCUUGUGACUUCUUCCCCCUGAAGUGUAUUGAAACCCUGUCCCCUUAUUCCCUGUGGGUAUCUCUGUACCCCUGUGCUGUUUGGUGAUUCUGUUUGCGGUCCUCCUGCCUCUAUUAAAGACCCUUUGUUGUUGCUC